AUGGAUAAGAUUAGAGAGGGGAAUCAGAACCAACUUGUAUCUGGGACAUUCAAAUGGAGAAUCGAGAACUUCUCUAAGAUGGACAAGGAGAAACUUUACUCUCAAGUUUUUGUCGUCGGUGGUUCUAAGUGGCGGAUACUUUUAUGUCAAGGGUGGAAGAACACAAAUCUUGCAGAGCAGUUGUCUUUGUAUUUGGGUGUUGGAGAUGUUUCGACAUUGCCAACGGAGUGGAGUAGAUUUGCCCAUUUUAGCAUGACCCUGGUCAAUCAACUUGACACCAAGAACUCCAAAACAUGGCCUCCAAAGGGCAGUGUUCCCCAAGAGUUCAAUGAAAUCAACAGUGAGUGGGGCUUCACAUCAUUCAUGCCUAUCAGCGAGCUUUAUGACAGAAGUGCUGGUUAUCUUGUCAAUGAUGUAUGUAUUGUUGAAGCCAAUCUUAAUGUCCCAAUCAAGGUUGAACACCAAGGAACAGAAACUAACGCGCCAUGCUCUGAACUGUUAUUUGCCCCCUUCCAAGAUGCACAAGGUUCUGGACAAGUUCACACUGAGCCCCCAGUCGCUAGCCCUACUGACCCUUCCCUAGCCAGGGCACUUGGAGAAGUCCCAAACACCGUAACCGAAGAGCUUGUGGAUUUUAGGGGUUUAGGGCGAAUAGAGAAAGUUUUUGUGCCACUGCUAGAGGGAGUCUGUAACUCGCAUCCUGAGCUGAUUGUCUGUAUGCAUAAAAGAAGUCAGAAAUAUUCAGAAUGCGCAUUCACAGCUUUGGGCCGGCUUCUGCAUUUUCUGAAAACUACAAAGGUAAAGGAUAUGACCCUGGAUGCUUGUAACCGCCUUGAACUUCUGUGGGAGGAGCUUGAGAGCUUCAAGUUUGAUUUGGCAUGGCUGAAGCCUCAUGUUGAAUCUGCAUUCGAUAUGACAAGGUUUGUACACAAGGCAGGCAGACUGAAGAGGCUGAGAGAUGAUGUGGAGGCUUUGGCGAAUGAACUGAAAAGGAGGAGGGCUGCGCUAGCUGCUGCAACGAUUGAUCAUGCAGUAGUGAAAAAACACUUGACAAAGGCAGAGCAAGACAUCAAUGGGAUUGACAUGGAUGGCCCGUUAGGGUAUGGCAUUUAG